GGCAGGGCGCCGGGGCAGCCCGAGCGGCGGCGGACGAUGAACAAGCUUUACAUCGGCAACCUGAGCCCCGCUGUCACUGCCGACGACCUCCGGCAGCUCUUCGGGGACAGGAAGCUGCCCCUGAGCGGCCCCGUGCUGCUCAAGGCCGGUUACGCCUUCGUGGACUAUCCGGACCAGAACUGGGCCAUCCGCGCCAUCGAGACCCUGUCGGGUAAAGUGGAAUUACAUGGGAAGGUCAUGGAAGUUGAUUAUUCCGUCCCUAAAAAACUGAGGAGCAGGAAGCUUUCAGAUUCGGAAUAUUCCCCCUCACCUGCAGUGGGAGGUAUUGGACGGACUCUUGCUCAAUAUGGGACGGUAGAGAACGUGGAACAAGUGAACACGGACAUCGAGGCUGCCGUCGUCAAUGUGACCUAUGCCACCCGAGAAGAGGCCCGAGGAGCCAUUGAGAAGCUCAGCGGUCAUCAGUUUGAGAACUACGCCUUCAGGAUUUCCUACAUCCCAGAUGAGGAUGGGAACGCCCCUCUGAGAUCCCGCCGGGGGGAGUCCUCUUCCAGGGAGCACAGCCACUCCUCGGGGGGCUCAGGCCAGUCCAAGCAGCUGGACUUCCCGCUCCGGAUUCUCGUCCCCACCCAGUUUGUUGGCGCCAUCAUAGGAAAGGAGGGCUUGACCAUUAAGAACCUCACCAAGCAAACGCAGUCUAAGGUAGACAUCCACAGGAAGGAGAACGCAGGGGCAUCUGAGAAGCCUGUCACCAUCCAUGCCAGCCCUGAGGGGGCCAGCGAAGCUUGUCGGAUGAUCCUUGAAAUUAUGCAGAAAGAAGCAGAUGAGACCAAGUUAGUGGAGGAAGUUCCUCUGAAGAUCCUGGCCCACAAUAGUUUGGUCGGGAGACUGAUUGGUAAAGAAGGACGAAACCUGAAGAAGAUCGAGCAGGACACGGGGACCAAGAUCACCAUCUCUCCGAUUUGUACCAUUUACAACCCAGAGAGAACCAUCACAGUCAAAGGUACGAUUGAGGCCUGCUCCUCUGCCGAGGGGGAGAUCAUGAGGAAGCUCCGUGAGGCUUAUGAGAAUGACAUGGUGACCGUGAAUCAACAAGGCAAUCUCAUCCCAGGCCUGAACCUCAGUGCCCUCGGCAUCUUUUCGACAGGUCUGUCCGUGUUCCCUUCCACAGCUGGGCCCCGCGGAGCUGCCGCUGCAUCUUACAACCCGUUUGCUUUUUUUUCCGUCCACCCUGCUGUACUCGGGAUAUUCUCUGCGGAUGCUCCGGCCUCCCAGCGUCUUAGGCAGGAGCCUUGGAGCUCCUGUGGCUUCACAAGGGUGGCGGAGAGAAGCAGACACCCCGGCAGGGAGAGAGGGAGCGCUCCUGGAACAGUCGGGCAGGCGGCGGCAAGAAGGGCGUGCUGGGUGGCGGAGGAGGGGCCCCGGCGGGGCGCGCACGUGGGCUGUGUGUCAUCCUGCAGGCGGGCUCCCCUUCCCCAGGCACCUCCAGUAACGGCUGUGUUCUCUCCUGCCAGAGCCACUCUGCACACCUCUCAGGGCCUGUACGGAGCCCCCCAGAUCGGCGUGUUCCCACAUCAGCACCCUGUGCCUGAACAGGAAGUGGUAUACCUCUUCAUCCCCACCCAGGCUGUUGGAGCCAUCAUUGGCAAGAAGGGCCACCAUAUCAAACAGCUGGCCAGAUUCGCUGGGGCCUCCAUCAAGAUUGCUCCUGCUGAAAGUCCAGACGUCAGUGAGAGGAUGGUCAUCAUCACCGGACCACCUGAAGCCCAGUUCAAGGCUCAGGGGCGGAUCUUUGGGAAACUGAAGGAAGAGAAUUUCUUUAACCCCAAAGAAGAAGUAAAGCUUAAGGCUCACAUUCGGGUACCCUCUUCAGCCGCCGGCCGUGUGAUUGGAAAAGGCGGCAAAACAGUGAAUGAAUUGCAGAACUUAACUAGUGCAGAGGUCAUCGUGCCCCGAGACCAGACGCCGGAUGAGAAUGAAGAAGUGAUUGUCAAGAUCAUUGGCCACUUCUUUGCCAGUCAGACGGCCCAGCGCAAGAUCAGGGAGAUUGUCCAGCAGGUGAAGCAGCAGGAGCAGAAGCAUCCUCAGGGAGCCGGGCCCUCACCACCUCAGCAGCAGCAGCAGCAGCAGCAGCAGCGCACCAAGUGAGAGGCUGCCUCGGGUGCAGGCCAGCAAAGUCACAACAGAUGAAUGUAGCCCUUUCCAUGCCGGACAGACCAAGACCAAACACAGACAGAUCGGGGAGCAAACCAAAGACCAUCCUGACAAAUAAGGAGGCUGCCCAAGGCUGGGACUCUGCAGAAACCUUGAGAAAGCUUGCAUCCCAUGGCUAGGUGGCCCCGGGGAUAAGGUGGGAUCCAGGAGCACAUGAUCAUCCAGAGGCUGGACCAGGUGUGCCUGAGCACCCCUUUCAUCCUCCCCCCCCCCCCCAGCACAUGCACACACACAUGCGCACACACACAUACGCAAACACAUACCAGGCAGAGACCUGGACCACCUGCCCCCAGGGUUUCUGCAGGCUUCCCCGAUGACAACACCCCCAUUACCCAUAUAACCUAACUCCCACGACUCUAUCCCUUACGUUGGACUAACAUAGGUGGACGUGUUCAAAACAAAGCUAAAUUGGAAGAACAAGAUUUGGUUCUGUACAUACAUGCACAAGGGGUCAAGAAGUUCCAUCACAUGUGCGACCAGGUGUAUCUACAGCAUUAAUAUAUUGUAGAAAUUAUAUAUAUCGGUAACUCGACUAACUCCCAUUUAAAAACAAAUGAUUAAUUUUGUAAUUUCCUUUGGAAGAGAAAGCAGGCUUUUCUAGAGUUUGAAGCCACCCACUGGGAGAACUAAAGGGGUAGAAGCAGCUUUAGAAACAGCCAGCACCAAACUUGAGGAGGGGGAGGGCUGGGGCUGGGGAGAUACUAACAGCACCAUGCAGUUGGAGAUCACCUGUGUGUGCCAACAGAAGGGAUACUGUCUUUGACCAGAGGAAUCUCUGUCUCCCUUCAUCUGUACACAGCUCACAUAGCCUUUCCUUUUUUUUUUUUGCUUCACAGGUUCUAAACUGGUUUUGCAUACGGCCUUAUAAUUGUCUCUUCCUCCUUCUCUCUGCCCUAGUUUUUCUUGCCCUCCUUCCUUUCUUCCUUCUCUCCUCUCUCCACACCCCCAGGCAAAGCAGUGCUCAGAGCAACACUUCACAGAAAAGAAACUUCCAUUUAGGUGAUUGGAUAGGAAAGGAAACAAUCUCAAUGGUACUUAUUCCAUCAAUAUUCAAAAAGAAAAAAAUCCCCCUCCGAAAAAAGAACAACUUUUAUCUGUUUCGGAUGAGGAAGGCAUUUCCUUUCUAAAACAAAACCAGAAAAUUGCCAGAGGUUGUUGGCCCAGGGCAUAAAAAUUGCAAAUUGAAAAAACAAAAACAGUUUUAAAGGAAAGUCAACCACAACAAAAACUACCUCAGGUGUUUUUGUACCUCAGCACCUUGGUCUCCUGUUUCCCUUUUAGAGAUUUUGUAUGCCUUGUAAACUGAGAGUUGGAGCAUUUUUUUUAUUUUUUUAAUAAAAUCAAGUUGGAAAAAAAAAAAAGUCAGCCGCCAUCUAGGAGGUGCCAUCCAGGUGUGCGCCAACCAUUCUCAACUGUCCUUGGCUAUCUGAGAGUCGGUGGCCUUCUUUAGGGCAGACCUUGAAAAUGUUUUAUUGAAAAAAAAAUUAUUAAAAAAACAGGGAAAGGAUUAGCAAUGUCCUGAGUGUGUUAAUAGGGUACGGGCCAUUAGGAUUUUCUGUGCUAAAAGGAUGAACAUGUUACUGGUUUAUGUGAAAUUGCCAAUGUGCCAACAGACUGCAAUGCCAGUUUCCUCUACUGCAAACAGUGUUCUGUGAAAAAAACAAAAAACAAAAAAAGAACAAAAAACAAGCAAAAAAAGAAAAAAGAAAUAUAUCCAGCUAACAAGA